GGGUAGACCGGUCGGUCCUCCAGGCUGCGCGUUGCCGGCGCAGGAGCAAAGAGACAGCGGCUAGAGAGGCCGGCUUUGGGCUUGCCAGGGAGCAGUGAUUUCCGCUUCCGGCGGCUGAGGCACGAGGAUCCGGUGUUCCGGCCCAGCGGGAAAAUGCGGCCUUUGACUGAAGAGGAGACCCGUGUAAUGUUUGAGAAAGUCGCAAAAUAUAUCGGGGAAAAUCUUCAGCUCCUGGUCGACAGGCCCGACGGCACCUACUGUUUCAGGCUGCACAACGACCGGGUGUACUACGUGAGUGAGAAGAUUCUGAAGUUGGCCGCCAACAUCUCUGGAGACAAGCUGGUGUCGCUGGGCACCUGCUUCGGAAAAUUCACUAAGACCCAUAAAUUCCGGCUGCACGUCACGGCUCUGGAUUACCUUGCACCCUAUGCCAAGUAUAAAGUGUGGAUAAAACCUGGAGCAGAGCAGUCCUUCCUGUAUGGGAACCAUGUUUUGAAAUCUGGUCUGGGUCGAAUCACUGAAAAUACUUCUCAGUACCAGGGAGUGGUGGUGUAUUCCAUGGCAGAUAUCCCUUUGCUCCAAACCUGAGUACAUGCUAUGAUUAGCUCUCUGAGAUGCCGUCUGUGCUGUGCUGCUGUAGUCCCCCCUGAGAAGUCAACACACUUGAGAAGUCAAACCAUAUGUUUUUGUCAUCAUCUGUCCAUCAAGAAUUUUCAUCCAACUCUAGGUCCAUUUCAUUAACAGAUGGGAAAUUACAGCAUAAUAAAGACAAUCAAAAUCCUGCGUUCAUGUAAAACGUGACCCAUAUUAUAAAAGGAAACCAAAAAAUCCCCAGUAUGGCCCAGGAGCCCAAGUACCUCAUAAGUGAAAUAGAAGAAGCCAGUCUGGUGGGCAAAUUGCCAGAAGCAUUCUGCACCUCCUGGAGGGAUCAUGAUGGCAAAGUCAUAUCGAUCGGCUCCGUGGAAGAGUGGCUGAUCUCCAGAACCAUUUAGGGGUUCUGUCUUCUGGCUUCUCACAGAGGUCACUAGGUUCAGAACCAGCAGUCCAGCACCAAGGAGCAAAGUGAACAUGCUGCUUUCUGGAGACUCCCCUGUAAGUAAACUGCGUGCAGCUUGUGGAACCACGUAGUCCAGACAACCACUGUGGUAAUCAUUAACCCCACGAACCACAUUUGGGCCAGUUUCAGGGCCAUGCAUAGAUAUUCCAGGAUAGAGCUGGCAUAGUACUCUCAUAUUUGGCUCACAGGAACAGUGACUUACAAAGCCUGUUUCACAGAUACCAGGUAGAAUGUGCUAGAAUGUACUCAGAAGAGGUAUUUAAAUUCUUUGGGCUCAUUUUUCAGUUCUGUUUCUUGGAAAUAAAGCAUUUUGGGUACGUUUAUUAACAGCUGUCUGAAUAUACUUAAGUUAUCGGAGAAGAUUGUUCUCACUUUUUCAUCUUUAAUUGCUAGAAGACACCUAUUGCUCUUAUGUCACACAUAGGACAUGUGAUUUCAACAGACUUCCUUCUUCCCGGUGCUAUAACUUUGAAAGCAAAAGCACAGCUUGGAAAUGUGUGCAAAAAUAUUAAUGGAUGAAUAGUGUGAACAAGACAAUGGUCUGACCCCUCCACUGAUAGUCCUUCUUGUUCUGCUACUUUGCACCUGUUAAUUCAUCUAAAGCAAUCCAAAACUCAUUUAAAGACUGUUGAAUUGCUUAAACUCUUGAUCUUUCUUCUUUUAUCCCUGAAUUCAGCACCCACGGGAAGGUUCAUUGAACACCCACUCGCUUCAUGGCUAGCACUGAGUUAAGGGAUUUACAUACCUGUAUCUUAUUCUCACAACGGCCCUGCAAGAGAAGUACCACUGCCCACUGCAUUACAGAUAAAGAGACACUUUCAAAGAUUCCAGGAACUGGAUCCACUGUCUAGUAAGCACAACUGGCAUAGCUGGGGCUGAAUGGACCUCACAUAUCUUACCUGCCAGGCCAGUGUUUGUCAGUUACUGAGUUCUGGACAAUGUAUAAAUGGUUUUAUUUCAUCCAUAAUCUUAAUAAAACAGUAUUAGCACCUCCUACCUCAGAAUUCACUGUACUGUUGACUCCAAGUGGUUAGCACUUUGUCACAAGCUAAUAAAGAACAGCCUUCGUAACUGUGAUCAGUUCUAGCAAAGGCCAGAAAACAUCACAGCACUCAGGAGACACAAUCACUCUGCAGUAGUCUUGCUUAGGAGAAGGUGGGCAAGACGGCAACGCUUUCUUAGUACACAGCAGCAUCCUCAAUCUGAGUCCCAUCAUUGCCACAGUCAUGAUCAGUGACUUAAAGUCAGCGAAACACAGUUACAGUGUAUUUCAACAGUUCUAGAAAAGCUGUAGGCACAGUCUAACAUUUGUACGCAUUUCAGUGACACUCCAGUAACACAAAAGUUACAUGAAACAUGGAACUCUGCAUUUUUUAAAUUUGAGAAACAGUUGUUACAGUAUUUUGCUUCCUUACAUGCAUCACAGUGUUGCCCUUCUGUUAAGGAAAGAAAAGCUUCAGGAUUCCCCAUCCAGUUUGGAAGGUGACCACAACUAGCUGCAACCAGAAGGUGGCUGGAUCAGGAGGGAUCAAGUUCUCACCUUCUCACUGCAGUUUCAUUUGGGGUUAACAGAAAAACAGGAGUACCAAACACAAACGUGUAGUUAUAGCAGUAAAGCUGUACAAAAUUUCCAACUUACAGCUACAGGAUACAUUUUAAAAUUUCAGUGUUUUACACCUUGCCUUUCAAGGGAUAAUUUUUUUGUCUCCAAGAAUAUGGUAUAUGAAGAAGUGGACAAAUUCAGAGGGAUCUUCCACAACUUUUGUACACUGCUUGCAAAGAUUAUAAAAUUCAGUACGGCCUUUGGAUGACCUCAACUUCUUAACAUAGUCAACAUGGUUCAUAAAAGCCUGUUCAACAUUUUGUUACCUCUGCCUAUUCAUACAUGCUGUGCUGCAAUUAAAAUGCUACUUAAGUUUGAGAGAAGCAGUACUUUAAUGAAGAAUGCUACAAGUUAUGGACAAUAAUUAGUUCCCGUAUUUUAAAAAAAGAUUACAGAAAACACUUUACUGAAUAUUUUUUUUUUUUUUUUUUUUUUUGCUAAAAAGUCUUAAAGGAUGUCCAAGAAACAGCAAGCACAACACGGUACAAAAGGAAAAGGGAGAAGGGAAUGUUGAAUUUCAGUGCAAGACACUAACACAGCACAACUAGGGAAUCAAGCGGAAGCAACCAUUUCACAAAGAAUGGAAUUAGACAUUUAUAGUCAAUUGGGAUUUUCUUUUAGGCUUUAAAAGUCCAGCAUAAGGUAGGGAAUUGUCAGGAGAGGAUGGGGGAGAGGCUAAGUUUAUCUACAAUCACCAUUUUACCAAAAAACACAUAGGUUCAACCACAUGAGAAAUGGAGGUUAAACCUGUCUGUGCAGCCCAGCAAAUGAUACAAGCAAAUGCCAAGACAGUCAGAUCUCAGUAUUGAUGUCACAACGGGCUAAGCAGUUUUAAAAGGACUCUGAUUUUACCAGGACUGGUCUCUCAUCAACCUGGGCUCAUAACAAAGGUCCUUUGCAUUUGCAUUGGAAGGCCAAAGCUUUACCUGGAUAGAGUUCACUCCAAAUAAUGCUCAUGUUGCUGGUUUUAACAGGUUGUGAAGUCAAAAGUGGCUCCUAACAGACUCCACCAUUUCCUAGGAGAGGUUCUACUAAUUACCAGGAAUUUAAAUUCAAGCAAACCACUAAAGAAGGGAAAUACUAAUGAUAUUCUGGCACUGUACAAGCUAUGUGCCUGUCAUCUCUGCCAAGGACAUGGGGGGGGACUUGGCUUUGUUUCUUAGCUCCGAGAGCGGUAAAGUGAAACUGGGACCGCCCCUCAUGUCGAAGGAGGAUGCCCAAAAUUCUCAUCCCAGCCCAGCUUCUGAAAGAAACAGACUACCAGGGGCUAUUAUUAGGAACCAUGCUCCUAUGAAUUCUGUGGAAUGAAAGCCUGUUUCAGUUCAUGCCAAGUCUUUUCAUGGUCCGCCAGCGAUCCUUUAUCAUCACAGCUGUUCGGUUAACAAAUGGGUAAUUUUUAGAAAUGGCAGCCCAGUUUCCUUCCCCGUAUUUCUGCACGCCAGCCUUGACCCACUCACUCUCUUCUACAGUCCAUUUCUGCAAAAGAAAACCAAGAAGUUUAUCACAACCUAUCUCUGCACUUUUUUUUUUUAAGUUACUCACAUUUUUAUACAGUGAAGAGGAAACUAAAGAAUCCUACAAGAUUGGUCUGAACCCAAAGGACGGUUGUAUUUUUAAAACAUGACAAAUAACACUGGAUUUAGACAUUUGAUAAUUUUCAAUGGCCUGCCAUUUCAUCUCAGCUAAUAAUCACUUAUACAUAUAUUCAGAACUUCAGAUGUGCAUUGUGAAGGGUUGGUAUAUAUGGCUAGCUUCUGUCCUACAUUUUUCCUCCAGAAAGUAACUAUUUAGUUUGAAUUAUCUGAAAAUCACACAAAAGCACAAAAUUUUAGAGCCAGGUUACACAGCCAGGUUACACAGCCUUUGAGAUGUAGGGACUUAUCUUACCUCUGUUCUACCCACACAACCAUAAAAGAGAAUUUUUAAUUACCUGCUUUUUUGUUAUACUGGUUGCACUGUCU